AUGACUUUUCCUGUCACCUUCCUCCCAGUUAUUUCAACCCCGCAGAAAGCACACAUAGCCUUACCUCUUGCAGGUAAAUGCAGUCACGCACCUGCUCUAGUGACUCACAAGGAUUCCGUGGAUCAUGUCGCUGUCCAGGCCCUUUUGUCCGCCUUCGCCACUGCGUCCACGUCAGGCACAGCACAUCCACCACACUUGCUCCAAACGCUUGGCUUAGUACUGUUGCACUUGAUUAAUGGCAAUGCGACUGCUCCCAUACUCCCCGUCCAACGUAUGACUAAACUCCUGGCGCCUCUCACUUCCACACUAACUCAGACCGUUCAUCGGACAGAUUCUUUUGACAA